UCUUCAGAGAAAAUAUGAAACAGUUCCUAAUUCUGGCAUUUGUGUCGUGUUCGAUAUUCAAUCAGUUCGGUUUGAUCAGUGCCGAUGAUGCAGUAACGGACAAUAAUCAAGCCUACUCAACACUACUGAAGAAGUUGGGAAAUAAACUCGGUGAAGAAAGUGAUUUGGAUGCCCAACUUCGACCACUUUUUACACUUUCUAACCAAGGCCCCGUAAAGAUACAAGAUGGAAGUACAUCAAAUAGAUGGGUGGAAUCUUAUAAAAAAGCCGUAACAUUGCCUUACGAUUAUAUAAAUGAAAUAUUUAGAAAGACUUCUAAUAAUGAAGAACUCAAAGCAGAAGUUGAAGCAUACAAACAAGGUGUCAUAGAUAUUGGCAAAAUAUAUUAUAAUAUAUUUCUAAUUUAUUCCGUCGAGCCAAGAGUCUUUGAUAUACCAGGAUUGAAAGUGGCACUUAACAAAUUCAGGAAAGAAUCAUUUAAUCGUGAGUCAGAGAUUUAUGGACAAUUAGGAAAUAUGCGAUCUGCAUAUAAUGCAUUGGUUACAGAAAUCAUUGCGAAAAUUGAUCAAUCAGUUACACUUCAUAAGCAACUUGUGAAAGCAGUAAAUACAUUUAAAAAAGGUUUCAAAAGUAUAAGUGCAAAAAAAUCUUAUGAUUCUACCCAUUUGAACACACUAAGCACUCUCUUAGCUCCGGUAAAAGGAAAACUGCACGAACUAGAGAUAGGCCUAAACAAUUUACUUUUUGCCAUUAAAGGCUACAGUAAUCAACGUGUCAGUUGGGCUGCAUUUAUAAUCAAUAAACCAAUUAAUUUUCCAGCUGGUCUUGGAGUCAUGGGAAAGUAGCUAGUGUAAAAUUUUGAAUUAAAAAUACAUUGUAUGACACUUGUAUGACACACGACUUCAUUAUGAUCCCAUUAAAAACACGAUGAAAUCAUCA